GCUUCAGUUAAGCCGCCAUAUUGGACCGGAAGAUGUACGCUCUUACCGGCAAACACAAGAGUUAAAUGGGCGCAGUACAGCUCUUGCUGCAGCGGGAGGGACAAGGAUGAGUAUGUACUAUUUUUCAGAAGUAGGAAGGUGUCUUAUUUUCCGUAGCUUUCUGUGGGUCAUAAUGCGGCUUAACAGUUCCGCUUAGUUUUCUGUAGAGAUCGGUCCUUCGUAGUACUCGAGCAUCAUAAUAGCAAGUUGUUGGCGCGAAAGGGUGCCUUUGGGGUGGUAGGAUCUGUAUUUGUACGGAUAGAACAGUACUGCAGCACCAGAUGAAGGCAGUCCUUUUUUUCACUGAAUCAAGGGAGCUGAGAAUGAUGCCCAUCUCAGUGCCAUCUUUAAAAAAGUACAUCGGAAUUAAAAAUGUUACAGCAAUGAGCAUUGCCCCAAAGAAUUCUUGGGAAAGUUAAUGCUUUUAUAUGUGGAUUACAUCUUAAUGCUUGAAAGCAAAGCAGGAUAUUUGGAAACCUCGUAUUUCAUUUAAUAACCCUCAUUGAUGAAUACAGAUUAUACAUACUGUAGAUUAUUUGCUGCUUUCAGGGCUUGAGUGUCAUAAGGGUAUUCAGCCAUGUCUGUUGGUCAAAUAAAUAAUGACUGUCCCAGGUUCUUUGUUGGAUGUGAAGAUGGAGAAGGAGAAGAACUGAUUGAUCACACAAAGUCUGAGGACUUUGAACUUGCAUAUUCCAGUAUGAAUGGAGAGGAUGAAGAUGAAGAGGAGGAGUAUGAUUCACCACCAGAAAGACAAAUUGUGAUUGGAAUUUGUGCCAUGGAAAAGAAAUCAAACUCUAAACCCAUGAAGGAGAUACUUGAACGUCUUUGCAAGUUUAAGUAUAUUACUGUUGUGAUAUUUGCCGAGAAUGUUAUCCUAAAUGAACCAAUUGAAAACUGGCCUGUUUGUGACUGCCUUAUUUCUUUUCAUUCCAGAGGCCUUCCGGUAUCCAAGGCACUGGCCUACUAAAAACUGAGAAACCCUUCGGCCAUGAGGGCGUUGAAUUGUCAGUUUCACAUGGAAAAACACAGGAAGGUCUAUGGACUGAUUCAAGCUGAAAAUAUCCUGAUUAAAAACUGGGAAAUCUUAAAUAAUGAUAGAGAUAACCCACAGGAAUGUAGCCUGAUCGAAGGGGAUGAUCACGUAGAAGUAAAUGCUGAAAUUUUCCAGAAGCCAUUUGUAGAAAAGCCAGUGAGUGCAGAAGACCAUAAUGUUUAUAUUUACUACCCAACAUCUGCAGGAGGAGGAAGUCAAAGGCUUUUUAGGAAGAUUGGUAGCAGAAGCAGUGUGUAUUCUCCUGAAAGCAAUGUUAGAAAAACUGGUUCUUACAUUUAUGAGGAAUUCAUGCCCACUGAUGGAACUGAUGUAAAGGUCUAUACAGUAGGUCCAGACUAUGCACAUGCAGAGGCUCGUAAGUCACCUGCACUUGAUGGCAAAGUAGAACGAGACAGUGAAGGGAAAGAGGUUAGAUAUCCAGUCAUCCUCAAUGCCAGAGAAAAGCUGAUUGCAUGGAAAGUGUGCCUUGCUUUUAAGCAAACCGUAUGUGGCUUUGAUUUACUGCGUGCAAAUGGCCAGUCUUAUGUCUGUGAUGUAAACGGCUUCAGCUUUGUGAAAAACUCAAUGAAAUAUUAUGAUGACUGUGCAAAAAUUCUUGGAAAUAUUAUAAUGCGAGAACUUGCACCGCAGUUCCGGAUUCCCUGGUGCAUUCCUGAUGAAACAGAAGUUAUUCCCAUUGUUCCAACAACCUCUGGCACAAUGAUGGAACUUCGUUGUGUCAUAGCAGUUAUUCGACACGGGGAUCGAACUCCAAAGCAAAAAAUGAAGAUGGAAGUUAGACAUCAGCGAUUCUUUGAUCUUUUUGAGAAGUUUGAAGGCUAUAGAUCAGGAAAGCUUAAACUAAAGAAACCAAAACAAUUGCAGGAAGUUUUAGACAUAGCGCGAUUACUUCUAGCAGAAAUUGGACUGAAAAAUGAUUCUGAAAUUGAAGAAAAUAAAGCAAAACUUGAACAACUAAAAACUGUAUUGGAGAUGUAUGGGCAUUUUUCUGGAAUCAACCGUAAAGUUCAGUUAACAUACCUUCCCCAUGGCUGCCCAAAAACAUCUAGUGAAGAAGAAGACAACAGAAGAGUCGAGCCUUCUUUGCUUUUAGUACUAAAAUGGGGUGGAGAACUAACUCCUGCAGGCAGGGUUCAGGCCGAGGAGCUUGGACGAGCAUUUAGAUGCAUGUACCCAGGAGGUCAAGGGGAUUAUGCAGGUUUCCCUGGAUGUGGUUUGCUUCGACUACACAGUACUUACCGACAUGAUCUCAAAAUCUAUGCUUCAGAUGAGGGAAGAGUUCAGAUGACUGCUGCAGCUUUUGCAAAGGGUCUUCUGGCAUUAGAAGGAGAGUUAACACCAAUCCUGGUCCAGAUGGUGAAAAGCGCCAAUAUGAAUGGCUUGCUAGACAAUGUCAGUGAAUCUCUUAGUAGCUGUCAACAGCGAGUAAAAACCCGCCUCCAUGAAGUCCUCCAGAAAGACAAAGAUUUUGGUCCUGAAGAUUUUGAAAAGCUGGCUCCCACUGGAAGUGUUUCCUUGAUAAAGUCCAUGCAGAUAAUAAAAAACCCUGUGAAAACUUGUGAUAAAGUUUAUUCGCUUAUUCAGAGUUUGACUUCUCAAAUUCGACAGAGAAUGGAGGAUCCAAAGUCUGCAGACAUACAGCUAUAUCAUAGUGAAACACUUGACCUUAUGCUACGAAGAUGGGCCAAACUUGAAAAAGAUUUCAAAAUGAAGAAUGGAAGAUAUGAUAUCAGCAAAAUUCCAGACAUAUAUGAUUGUAUAAAAUAUGACGUUCAGCAUAAUAGCUCUUUAAAGCUGGAAAAUAUGAUGGAUCUAUACAGUCUUUCAAAAGCACUGGCUGAUGUAGUUAUUCCUCAGGAAUAUGGUAUAAAUAAACCUGAAAAACUGGAUAUCGCAAAAGGCUAUUGCACACCUUUGAUCAGGAAGAUCCGUUCUGACUUGCAGAGAACACAGGAUGAUGAUACUGUAAAUAAACUUCAUCCUAUAUAUUCUAGAGGUGUAAUGUCUCCAGAACGUCAUGUUCGAACAAGAUUAUACUUCACUAGCGAGAGUCAUGUCCAUUCCCUUCUCUCUAUUCUCCGGUUUGGAGCCUUAUGUGAUGAGACCAAAGAUGAACAGUGGAAGCGUGCAAUGGAUUAUCUGAACUCAGUCAGUGAACUGAACUACAUGACACAGAUUGUUAUCAUGCUGUAUGAAGACCCAAAUAAGGAUCCUUCUUCAGAGGAUAGAUUUCAUGUUGAACUGCACUUUAGUCCAGGGGCCAAGGGUUGUGAAGAAGAUAAAAAUCUACCCUCUGGUUCUGGGUAUAGGCCAGCUUCUCGAGAGAAUGAAGGUUCAAAGAAAACCUCCCAGAAUGACAGUGAUGAGGAGUAUGUGUGUUACAGAAGGGAUGAACCUGACAGAGCUCCCAUGUUGUUGAGGCCACUGGUCUCAGAUCCAAUUUUUAUACACAAAAAGUCCCCUUUGCCACGUUCAAAGAAGAUUGGCUCAGUUGAGGAAGAGAGCCCCCUGAGUGUGUCUAGCCCAGAGUGUAUUGGUACCUGGAUGCAUUACACCAGUGGUGUGGGUACUGGGCGUCGAAGACGCAGAUCAGGGGACCAAAUCACUUCUUCCCCUGUCUCCCCUAAGUCAUUGGCUUUCACAUCCAGUAUUUUUGGCUCAUGGCAACAGGUUCUGUCAGAAAAUAAUAUUUAUCCUCGCACUCCACGGGUACAUACAGAGCAAAAACUUGGUGGACUGGGGUCUCACUGUGCGGGUCUGUUAAGCACUGCAGUGCUCGGGGCUUCUUCAAGUGCACCUAACCUGCAGGAUUAUGCUCGUAUGCAUCGUAAAAAGCUGACUUCAUCUGGCUGGAUAGAUGACAUCACACAUGGUUCUGCUGUUAAAAGAUUUUCUAUCUCAUUUGCUCGACACUCAACCAAUGGUUUUGAAUUAUAUUCCAUGGUGCCGUCCAUCUGCCCUUUAGAAACCCUUCACAAUUCCCUAUCGUUAAAACAGAUUGAUGAGUUUCUGUCCUCCAUUGCUGCAGCAUCAGAAGAUAUUGUAGAAACUCCAUCAGUUUCCCCAGCUUCUUCAAUUGGUUAUGUGCCUGUUUUGAACAGAAAACCAUCACUUAACACUUAUACUCCUGCAAAGAUACUCCCUCCACCAAUACUGUUGUCAACAGAUAAGCAAGCUACAGAAAAAUCCACUUUGUGCAGUAGUGGUCCUUCCAGCACGAUGUCUAGUGCUGGCCCAUCUUCUCCUAUAGGAACUUCUCCACAAAUAAGUCUUUUUGAUAGAGGUUUACCUUCAACCAGUGAAGAACAGUGAAGAGAAAUAGGAAUUUUGUUACUCUGACAAACUGUUGGCUGUGUGUAAAUAAUGGGAAUGUUACCUAAAAUAUGUAUUUAGCACACUUUCUCCUUUAGUGUGAUUGUGUUCCCCAAUUAUGUGUAAAAAUGUACAUACACAGCACUAUAAAAUAUACUGUGAAUAUAUGUAUAUAUUUAAUUGUAUAUAAAUUUAUUGUAGAAAUGUGCUGCUUUCAUUUGAUGAGGACCUUAAAGUUGCAGCUUAAUGUUAACAAAUGUGGUAUAAAACUUUUUGAUGAAGUUACAUAUUCAUUUUAUUAAAGUUAAAAUGCCUUUAAGUAAAAAAAAAUGUACAUAAAAUGUUUGACUAAUAGUUGCUGCAGGCUAGCCUUGCUUUUUUUUUACUUUCUCAGGCAUUUAAUACUUGAGUUACUGUUACAUUAUACCAGUUUUACAUUUUUCACAAUUUUUUGUUCUUUGUUCUACAGAACCAAAUUUGAUCUCCUUUUCAUUGUGCUGUAUAUUUCAUUUGUUUUCCAGUAUAAAAAAUGUUAAAACUAAGCUUUGUAGGUAUUAAAGUUUUGAGACUUAUUUUUGAGACUAUGUUCUGUACAACAGUUACUUGUCUGCAAACAUGUAUUUUAAAAUAUCUUAACUUGUAAAGUAUUGUCCACACUGCUUAUAGUUUUUGUCAGUUCAUCAUGUAACACUGGCUGACCUCUUUUUAAACUGAAAAUCUUCCUUUUCUGUGCUGAGAAUGUCACAUAUUUGUGAAAGUCUCUUGUAUUUGCAUUCUGUCUCAGAAAACAGUGUACUACUGUGAGAGAGAACUGCAGUGAAGAAAGACCAUCUGAAUUUUGUUUCUCAAACAUUUUGCUUGCACAACUUGGAAAAAUAAAUCAUACCUGUCUCACUGUUA